AUGGCUUGUUCAAGAAAUAUCAACGAAUCAAUUGUAAAGAAACUUAUGCAUGUGCUCUCAAUUAAUCCAUAUUCCAUUUUUUUAAAAUCCUUGACAAACGUUCCGAAACUAUCUGACUGCUAUAUCGCGCUUAAAUGUGAACCAAAGUCAGAUCAACGUGUAUAUAAUCUACCAACUACAACAGAGGUGGCUGGAAUAUGGGUACAUGAUAAUGCUGCCGAUACUGUUUCUACGCCUCAUAUUCGUAUAUACACACAUAGUGACAAGAUUCAGUCAGUAAAGUAUUAUUAUGGAUGUUAUGACCCAUUACAAUACCCGUUGUUAUUUCCAUACGGUCAAAACGGAUGGCAUUUUGGUAUUAAAAAAAUCGUGCGAAAAGAUCAGCGUUAUUGUAAACAUGAAGAAUUACCGAGUGUAAAGAACAUGUGUUCCAUUGAUGGAUUUUUUGAUAUGGAAGCUCAAACUAUGGAAAAAGGAAGACGGAAAAGAGAGACGGUUUCUUGCCAUGUGCUACAAGGACUUAUUGAUUUUUUAAGACUUGGGGAAACAGAAGCUUCCAAGAUUGGGAAGAAAAUAUUCCUCCCUGUUACUUUUAUAGGAGUGCCAAGAGAUAUGCGUCGACGGUAUAUGGAUGCUAUUGCAUUAGUGCAACGUUUUGGAAAAUCUGAUAUUUUUUUAACUAUGACAUGUAAUCCGUCUUGGCCAGAAAUAAAACAGCACUUGUUAUCAACGGAUGAAACUCAAAAUAGACCUGAUUUAGUAUCGCGAGUAUUUAGAGCAAAAGUAGAAGAACUAAAAGCAGAUAUCUUGAAAAGAAAAAUCUUUGGAAAAGUUGUUGCUUUUAUGUAUACUAUAGAAUUUCAAAAACGUGGUCUUCCGCAUGCUCAUUUUCUUAUCAUACUUAGUGAUGAAUACAAAUUAUUAACACCUGAAUCUUAUGAUAAGUUUGUUUGUGCUGAGUUGCCUGAUCGCAAUACCAAAGAGCACCUUUAUUCACGCGUGCUUCAGUAUAUGAUGCACGGACCGUGUGGUGAUUUAAAUCCUACAAAUUCAUGUAUGGGAAAAGGGGGGCUUUGUAAAUUUGAUUAUCUAAAAGAUUUUGCUGACCAAACAUCAAAAGAAAAGAAUUCGUAUCCAAUUUAUAGAAGACGAAACACAGGCGAACUUGUACAUAUAAGGGAACAAUAUCUGGACAAUUCAUGGGUUGUCCCAUACAACCCUUACUUACUUUGUAAGUUUGAUUGUCAUAUGAAUAUUGAAGUUUGUUCUGAUAUUAAAGUUGUAAAAUAUAUUUAUAAAUACAUUUGCAAAGGACAUGAUAAAAUUGCUUUUUCUAUACAUAACAAUGAAGAAAUAGAUGAAAUAAAAGAAUAUCGAUCUGCUAGAUGGGUAACACCCCCUGAAGCGGCAUGGCGUUUAUUUGGUUUUCCUAUUAGUGAAAUGACUCCGAGUGUUUAUCAUCUUCAAUUACAUUUAGAAGGGCAACAAUUUGUUUCUUUUAAAAGUAGUGAAACUGUUAAUAGAAUUCUAAAUAAUCCGAUGAUUAGAAAAACAAUGUUGACCGGUUUUUUUGCUAUGAAUGCAACUGAUGAACAUGCUAUAGCUAUGCAAUUAUUGUAUAAGGAAUUUCCAGAAUAUUUUGUAUGGUCUCCAGGAUAUAGAACAUGGACACGUCGCCAAAAACGUAACGUAAUCGGACGUGUUGUAACAUGUCACCCAACAGAAGGAGAGAGGUAUUAUCUCAGGUUAUUAUUGAUGAACGUGAGAGGACCUAAAUCAUAUGAAGAUCUUCGCACCGUUAACGAGGUACCCUGUAGUACAUUUAGAGAAUCAGCAGAAAAAAGAGGAUUAUUAUAUUGUAACAACAGUUUAAUUGAAUGUAUGUCGGAGGCUGUAAGCUAUCAAAUGCCAUAUAGCUUGAGACGUUUAUUUGUGACAUUGUUAAUAUAUUGCAAUCCUGCUAAUCCAAAAACAUUAUGGGAAAUGUUUGAAGAUUCAAUGUCCGAAGACUUUAAACAUUUCUCUGGUUUUGAAGAAAAAGCUGUUCGGCACAAGGAUGCAAAGGAUGUUCAUUUUGAAAGAAAUAUAUUUGUUAGUGAACAAGACUUGCUCUUACCGAAGAGACUGAAUGUUCAACAAUUACGCGCAUAUAAUACAAUAAUUGAUAGAGUAUUCUCUGGAAAACAAGGAGCUUUCUUCAUCGACGGUCCUGGAGGAACAGGUAAAACUUUUUUAUACCGUGCACUAUUGGCAACUAUCCGAUCUCAAGGAUUUAUAGCUUUAGCAACUGCAACUUCUGGUGUGGCAGCUUCUAUCCUUCCAGGAGGACGGACUGCUCACUCACGGUUCAAAAUGCCUAUUGAUAUAGAUGAUAAUUUUUGCUGCAACAUUAGUAAACAAAGUUCAGUCGCACGUUUAAUUAGAGAUGUAAAAUUAAUUGUAUGGGAUGAGGCAUCAAUGGCAAAAAAGAAUAUGAUUGAAGCUCUUGAUGCACUUCUGAGAGAUAUUAUGGACGCCGAUACAAUGUUCGGUGGUAAAGUUGUUUUAUUUGGAGGUGACUUUAGACAAACUCUACCAGUUGUUCGAAAUGGAAAAAAAGAAGAUUUUAUUCACGAAAGCUUAUUGUAUUCUAAAAUCUGGAAUAAACUUGAAAAAUUGUACCUAUCUGAAAAUAUGCGCGCAAGAACAGAUCCUUCUUUUUGUGAAUAUUUACUCCGAAUUGGAAAUGGAACAGAAAGAACUAACUGUGAAGACAAAAUAGAGAUUCCUGAUUCCUUUGUUAUUCCUUUUACGACCGAAGAAGAAUCCUUAGAUGCAUUGUUUAGUGUAACGUAUCCUGAUUUGCAUGCAUUUUCUCCUGAUUCAUCUAUGAUAACUUCUCCUGUUAUUUUAACAACGAAGAAUGACUUUGUAAACGAACUAAAUAAUAUGUUAAUCACUAAAUUCCCAGAAAUGUCUAAAACAUUUGUUACAGUAGAUGAAACUAUUGAACCGAAUGAUCAAAGUCAGUUUGAAGAUUUUCUACAUAGUUUAGAUCCUCCCGGUUUAUCUCCUUAUAAGUUAACUUUAAAGAAAAAUUGUCCAGUUAUAUUAUUACGAAAUAUGAAUCCUUGUGAAGGUUUAUGCAACGGCACACGGUUGACAUGCUGUCACUUUAGAACACAUGUCAUAAGUGCAAAAAUUGAAAGUGGUGAUUUCAAAAAUACACAUGUUUUUAUUCCGAGAAUACCAUUGUUAAUAUCACAAGAUGAAAAAAUACCUGUUCAAUUUAAGCGAACACAAUUUCCCCUACGAUUGUGCUUUGCUAUGACCAUAAACAAAGCUCAAGGUCAAACAUUAGAUUUUGUUGGAAUUUACUUACGUGAACCUGUUUUUUCUCAUGGUCAACUUUACGUUGCUUUAUCAAGAGCCAAAAGUGCAAACUGUGUUAAGAUACUGAUUCAACCAUCUACAGCAGACAGUAAUGAUGAUCAUUCAACAUAUAAUGUCGUCUACGACGAAACUAUUCAGAAAGCUUGCUCGUAG